GCAUGUAUAUUAGAUAUGGCUAGAGGUGUCAUUUCUGAUUUUGGGUUUUGUGGCUCCUGGGGUGAAUUAACGUCCGUUUUUUCUCGUUUCCUAGGUGACGCAUUCCCAGGUGGCUCCAGUCCCUUCCUGUCCGGUUACCCUGCCCCAUCUCCAUUAACCUCUGACCCUGCGUACAGAUCCUCCAAUCCCACUAGUCUGCAGAUGGCUCAGCUGUGGGCAUCACAUGCUCAUGAAGGUUACUCUUCUCUGCCAAGCAGCCUGUACUCCAGCCCCUACCUGUCCCUAGGACACCUGGAGCCUCCCUCACUCUCACAGCAAUCUCUCUAUGACUCUCAUAAAGACGGUUUUUAUCUACAAUCAUCCAUAAGCCAAUCACCUCUCCACCCACCAUCUGCUCCCCCCUCCAGCCCAUCCAGCUCCACCCCCCCACAGAGGAUGUCCCGUGAUGGCGGUAGGGACAGGCCCUACCGGGUAGAGAGAGAAAAGGAGAGGGAGCGUUUGAGAGAGGAGCAGAGACCGCACAGUGUGGUGGACUUGACACAGGAUGGCAGGAGUGAGGAGGACCGCAAGGCAAGGAGUGCUGAGAAGGAGAGAGAGCAGGAGUCGGAAAGAGACAGGGACAGCUGGAGGUUCCACCCUCCGUCCACGCAACAGAAGGCGCACUCUCAGCCUUCCACAGGAGAGCUUAGAUCCAGGCCGUCACCUCCUCGGGCCUCCUUCCUUCUAGGUGGGACUGAAGGUGCAGACAGAGGCGGUCGGGAUGAGGAAGCCAAUGCUCGACUUAACCAUAACGCUAACUCUAAUAAUGCAAACUUGCUGACAAGUGCUCAUGCAGACAGACAAAAGAGGAAUGACUCUGUGGCCACAUCAGCUGGGACCCUGCACGUCUCCUACCUUACUCCUCCCUCACUGCAGCCUCCCACCGCUGGUCUGCUCCACCCAUCCACACCCAGAGAACCUAUAAGAGAGCAGAGAGUAAGCGCACCCACAUAUGUGCCUUCUGUAGAGGUUUAUGAUGAGCGGGUGGGGCCCAUCCAGAUCGCCUCACAGGCCCGUGACAAACACAGAGACAGAGAGCGGGAGCGCGAAAGAGAGAGGGAGCGUGACAGAGAACGUGAUCGAGAGAGGGACCGAGAGAAGUUGAGCUAUAGGUUUCCUGAGAGGAGCUUCUUGGAACAUUCUCGACUCUCGCAGUCUGGCGAUUCCAGCAAUCAAAGGGAGGAGGGUUCAGUAAUUUGUUCCAAUGGUAUAGUUGGUAAACGCGGGCAGGAUUCAGCUUACUCCACUGGCCAGUCAAGGUUCAGCCCUGAUGACAGGGACAUGCCAAAACACGCAGUCCGUUUGGGUGCAGAUCGGGCUGGAGUGGAGCCAAAAUGGAAUCCCAUCAGCCCCUUAUCCAACUACGCUACAAGCCACAUGGCAGCCCUGGCGGCCCAACGUGGACGGACACUCUCUUCUCCCCACAACCAGCCCACACAAACGCAAAUGUCCCAUUCCCCUCACACAACCCUGAACGCCCAGCACCAGUCCAACAAUAACUCCCACACCUCCCGCAGCCAUUCUCCCCCAGGGCGCUCAACUGAGGAGGGGAGUCAGAGACGCUACCUGGAUCCGGCGGCCCUCUACCAUCCUGCUGGGUCAUUGGUGGGAGGACCCAGUGGCGGAGAAAGAAGUGGAGGGUCGGGGACGGAUCCCACAGAGAUUUCAGCUAUGCAAAGUUUGAUCAAAUACAGUGGAACUUUCCCAACUGAAGGUCUGGCGUCGUCCAGGCAUGGUGCAGACAACCGGGGGCCUUUUGGAGGUCUUGGUAACAUCGGGAUGAGAGCAGAAAGGGACAAGGACAGGGAGCUGGAACGAGACAGAGAGAGGGAGAGAGACAAGGAAAGGGUAGUGGUUGGAGCUGGAGGUUCUGGAGCAGUGAGGAUGCCCCCCCAGCUGAAGCGGGAGCAAGAGAGGCCAGACAGCGCCAGGUCUUUUGGCCGAGAGGGUGAGGGGGAGGUUCGUCACCCGCCGGUUGGCAUUGCUGUGGCUGUGGCACGGCAGAGAGACAGCAGCAGCACCAGCAAGCAGAGCAGUGGACCAUCAGACACACAGAGGCCGCUGCUGCAAACGUCCAUUAAGGAAGAGGAGAGAGGGGUGGACCAUUCUCGUCACCGUGAUGACAGACUGCUUGCUGGCCAGCUGGAACGUGAUCAGGAGAAAGUGCUCAGAGAACCGAAGGAGCUGACAGAGUUUACUCAGAUGCAUCCAGCCCCGCUGUCAACUGGCCUGACACCCAGUAUGAUGACUCCCAGCCUCAUGACCCCCAACCUUAUGGUGACAGGAGGUGCCGCUCUGGCGGGGGCAGGGCGCUGGCCUCCAGAUACCUCAGCGUUGACCUCUCACCCCUGGUUACCCCGGUCUGGUGCUCCCCCAGUCUGGAUUUCCAGCUCACCCUACAGUAAGUACACAUGAUGGAACACGGCUGAU